GUUGUAGCCAAAUAUUUCGUCAGCUGCUGAUAAGCGGUACAUUAUAUAUCCCACUGGUGCGGGUGCAGCCUGAGCCAACCACACAACUUCAAGCCGCUCGUUGAUUAACAGCUUUCAUUCGAUACGCUUGCCAGUCUCUAAGAGGACAACCCUGCUUCUUUUAGAUCAACCGCACAACAGGAAUGCCUACUACAAUUCUAGAUCUCCCCAGGGAAACAGUGGAGCUCAUCUACGCCCACCUCAUCGCAACGCCUACCGAAUGGCUUGAAGUCAAACAUCCCAAUACCCUGGCAGCCAGUACGGCGUGCUGCUUGAGACUGGUUUGUCCAGCAUGGGCCGAGUGGUUAUAUCCCCAUCAUCUCUACCGCGGGUUGAAGUUCAGUAGCGCUUCCCGAUCGAUGGAAUUCGCUAAGCACAUGUGGUGCCGUUCAGAAACGCUUCCUCGCCCAAAGUGCCAGCACUUGGUGAUCGACCGGAUCUGGGCUCGGCAGCCUCCGCCUAAGAAUGGCACACAAGACAUGAUCGAUUGGGAGCUCGUGGAAAUCUUGCUCGAGCUAUUCGCCGACUCGGUCGUCACCCUCGACCUCCAAUUCGUCGAUUAUCUUUGGCUUCCGAUCGAAGACAUCGAAGCCAUUGGCCGGCUCAAAAACCUGCGCGAUCUUCAACUCAACAUCUCUUCCACUCAGUCUGGCGAUCGACAAUUUCCGGCCACCGACCCGCAGUUUUUCAACGAUUUAAUAGUCGCAGCUAAGGGCUUGAAGUCGCUAGUUCUGGGUACACAGAUCUCAUUACCUUAUGAACCUGCACCUGGCCUCUGGGAAGACAAGCCAUACCCUGAGAUCACUCAUCUCGAUGUCACUCAGGUCUUGCAUCGUCCAACAGACAUCUUGCGUCUUUCGACUGCAUUCAAGCCUAGUCUUAAAGCGCUUUCGGUUCGGGAUAAUGGGCCGGGGAUAAAUGCAGAUGAGAUAUUCGGGAUGGCCGAGUUCGGCGUGAAUAUGUUCGAGCAGAUGAUGGGCCAGUUCGGGAUCGAGCUGCCAGGGCUUCGACGGGUUUACGAGAACCUUCAAUAUACCUUGGAAGCUCUCUCUUUAACUUCCUCCCACCUCCUCAAAGAUAGUCUGGACUUCAUCUUCCCCAAUUUACGCGUGCUCGCCAUCGACUACUGGAUUAAUUCCAUCACCAAUUUCCUGGCCUACCAAGUCUUUACACAGUCUCCAAUCGAGAUCUUGGCUAUCGAUGCCCAGGCAGCCUUCGACGAGUGCGAGCCCAAGUUUGUCGGCAACCCAUUUGCGAACCUUCCCUAUUUGAAAAAACUCGUCUUCAUGAGCGCCAAAUCAGAUUACUCUGCUCCACCAAAGCUUCUCGAGGCUUGUGAGGCUAUCGGCGUGAAAUGCGUGUACAUCGAUCAUCGUCAACUACCCCUCAUAAUGAAAUUAUUGUAAGCGUAUCUAGAUUUAGAUCCACAGCUUGUACAUAUACAUGGCUUUCCGCAUUCUUUGAAGUUGAACCGCAAGCAAUCCGUUUCUGUACUAUUUGUGGCUCUGAAUUAUAUGUGUGGGCUGAAUAGUUGUCCAUGAGAGUCUAUAAACUUUUUUUUUUAAAAAAAUGAAACCUCCAAAGCACAGUAUUCUUGAUUGAUGGUGAAAAAAUUAUGUUUGUGUUCUCUAAAUCAACCUCCACCAUUCCUUUUGUCUAAGCUUAAUUCCAUUCAGUUAACCCCGUAUCAAGCUCUGAUUUUGUUGACUCAACUCUAAAAGAAAUCAAUCUAAUUAUUCUCUGAUAUUGGCUCAAAUCAAUACCAG